GAAUGAAAAAGCCACUCUGAUACGCCUCCUCUUUUUUAAGCUAAAGCUCGAAUCUUGAAUACCCAGAAGGGAAAUUUUUUCUACUUGUAGUUCUUGAUUUUUGCCUUUUUGAGAAACUACAGAGGAAAGAUCUUCCUCAUCUAAGUUUCUACCCCUUUUUUAAAGUGUUCCUUUUAUAACUUCUUGUUUUGUGUACUUUACCUAUGAAGUCAAGAAUUGAAUCUUGAAAGCCCCAGUGAAAGAAAACGAUGAUGAUUGUAAAAUUGCAAGUUGCCAAUCUUAACGGAGUGCCUGUUACACCCAAUUCCUGGAUUGUUUGCAACAAAGAUGUUUGCAGGUUUAGCUGCAGCUUGAGAAGCCCUUCUUCACAGCAGAAGAUAAGGUUCAAGCUUGUGGGUCAGAAUCUGGGGGACAGAUGGAGGAAGCUAAACAACAUCGAUACACAUGCUGUGCAGGAAAGAAUAAACUCAUGGCUGUCUAAGACCCAGGAUUUUCUAAAUGAGGUUACCUCACCCCUAGCAAAAACUGGUAAUGAUGGAAAGUCUGAACCUGGAAAUGUGUUGGACACUCAAGACAUGGAGGAUAUGUUUGUAGCAGAACAGACCAUGGACAGCAGCACACCUAAUGGGGUUCUUUCAUUAGCAGCUAUACUAUCUAUUGAGCAAUUUAGCAGGAUGAAUGGCUUGACUGGAAAGAAAAUGCAGAAAAUAUUUAAAGCACUUGUUCCUGCACAUGUCUAUGAUGAUGCUCGUAACUUGGUGGAGUAUUGCUGCUUCAGAUUCUUGUCAAGGGAUACCUCUGAUCUCCAUCCCUGCCUCAAGGAACCUGCAUUCCAGAGAUUAAUUUUUAUCACCAUGCUUGCCUGGCAGAAUCCCUAUUUUGAUGAAGAUGAUUUGCAUGCUCAUGCAUCCAAAAAGGCUUCUUUGCAGGGAAAGUAUGUAGGAGAAGAGGCAUUUGCUCGAAUUGCUCCUGCUGUUUCUGGUGUAGCUGAUCAUCCUACAGUGCAUUACCUUUUUAAGGCCCUUGCUGGUGAUGAGCAGGGCAUCUCCCUAAGUGUAUGGUUAACAUACAUUAAUGAACUUGUGAAAGUUCAUGAAGGACGAAGGUCAUAUCAGAAUCGUGAAUCUCUGCUUCCUGAGGAAAGAAUCUUGUGCCUUGGUUCUAGUAGAAAGCGGCCAGUUCUUAAAUGGGAGAACAACAUGGCUUGGCCAGGAAAACUCACUCUAACUGAUAAAACACUCCAUUUUGAGGCUGUUGGUCUACUAAGGCAGAAAGAUGCUGCAAGACUUGAUCUUACAAGACAUGGAUUACAGGUGGAGAAAGCAAAAGUUGGACCAUUUGGUUCUGUUCUUUUUGAUUCUGCAGUCUCUAUUUCAUCUUCUACUGGGUCAGAGAUAUGGUUGCUGGAGUUUGUGGACUUGGGAGGUGAACUAAGACGAGAUAUCUGGUAUGCAUUCAUCAGUGAAGUUAUUGCUCUACACAAGUUUCUGCGUGAGUAUGGACCAGAGGAUAAUGACCAGUCUGUAUUUCAAGUGUUUGGUGCCCACAAAGGGAAAGAAAAAGCUAUUACAGCUGCUAUUAGUGGCAUUGCUAGACUUCAGGCACUUCAGUUUAUGCGGAAGUCAUUGGAUGAUCCAAUCAAACUUGCCCAGUACUCAUUUUUGCAGAAUGCUCCCCAUGGUGAUGUUGUUUGCCAAACUCUAGCAGUGAAUUUUUGGGGUGGACCAGUAGUUACAAGAUUUACAGAGGAAGGGCUUCAACAAGCUGAAGAAGUGGGACCAUCUAGAGAAGCAUCUGAAAAUAAUAAUCACAUAAUUGAUGUGGAUGGAAGUGUUUUCUUACGAAAGUGGCUAAGGUCACCAUCUUGGUAUUCCAGUGCUUCAGUUAGUUUCUGGAAGAACUCUUCAGUUAGACAAGGAGUAGUAUUAAGUAAAAAUCUUGUCGUAGCUCAGAUGACUCAUGUAGAAAGGGCAGCUCUAAUAUGUAAAGAAAAGUUCCAGGUGGUUGAGAAAACUCAAGCCACAAUUGAUGCUGCAACACUCAAAGGGAUUUCUAGUAACAUUGACCUCUUCAAGGAACUUAUGCUUCCUCUGGCAAUAACUGCCAAGAAUUUCGGAAAGCUAAGACGGUGGGAGGAGCCAUACCUGACAGUUUCUUUUCUUGUGUUUGCAUAUACAAUUAUUUUCAGAAAUCUGCUGUCAUAUGUUUUUCCCAUGGGGUUGAUGGUUUUAGCAACUGCAAUGCUAACUGUAAAGGGUCUCAAGGAGCAAGGUCGCUUGGGCAGAUCUUUUGGGAAAGUUACCAUCCGUGAUCAGCCACCUUCAAAUACCAUUCAGAAGAUUAUAGCUGUAAAAGAUGCCAUGCGUGAUGUGGAAAAUUAUCUCCAGAAUCUGAACGUUACCCUUCUGAAACUACGGACUGUUGUUCUUGCAGGUCAACCUCAGAUAACGACCGAGGUUUCUCUGGUGUUGCUAGCUUCUGCAACCAUUCUCCUCAUUUUUCCUUUCAAGUUUGUCCUUGCAUUUCUUAUCUGUGAUCUCUUCACUCGAGAGCUUGAGUUCAGGAGAAAAAUGGUCAAGAGGUUCAUAAGUUUGCUAAAGGAACGUUGGGUCACAGUGCCAGCAGCCCCGGUUGUUGUAUUGCCAUUUGAAGAUGAUGAGUCCACAUCAUUGAAUCAAAGAGAAACAGGUGUACAAGCAAUCGGAAAAAGAACAGGGCAGAAGCAAACCUAGACAGGUUCUAUCACCUACAAUUUCUGCGUAUUAUUUUGGUGUGACCUCAGUACAUGUGAAAUGUCCGAAAUUUCUUCUUUUCUUUGUAUAGAUAUCAGAGCACAGUCAGUACAACAAUCAAAACAAGAGGAAAAAAAAAAAAAGCACAAUAAGUACAGAGCCAGUUUUUCUUCCUGGCAAUAUAGUUUUGAUUGUUAGUUGAUGGCUCUGAGCUGUACAGUUUUUGACAAACAUGAAUCCAAAGCAAGAUCGGAAAUUGUAUUGUAUUCAGCAGAUCAUAUGCUCAAUCAGAACACGUAUAUUUACUUGAGCAAGGUUUAGGCUGUUUGAUGAAGCUUAUUCUGUUUCUAUAUAACAAACUGCCCACCUUUGGUUCCCCGUUUCUGUCUCAUUGAUCACUUGUGUAAUUUUGAUGGAUAGAAAGCAGGUGGAGAUGGUUAGUUCUCUCUAAUACAGAUUUUGCUGUUGG